AUGAGAAAUAUAAAAUUCAUGAUCUGUUUAUCGAUUGUCGUUACAUGCAUCUACCUCCCUACGUACAUCUUCAAGAGGAAUGCAUCAUGCGCGUCACCGUACACAGACCUUCAAAUGUCCACCACACUCUUCAGCUUUAUCACCACCAUAUCUCUGGUCAUGAUAUACACGUAUUCGAGAAUAAUGGUCGUAGCAAUAAGGCAUAAGAGAAACAUAGCAUCAAGCGAAAGAACGAAGACUGUAACAGUAUCGACGGUAUGUGAUGCAUUGUCGCAAGAAGAUGACAGGAAACUUAUUACAAAAAAACAAAUUCAGCAGACGACAACAAAGAAGCAGGAAUUCAAAGCCGCCAAGACAGUUGCAGUGAUAGUUGGUUGCUUCUUCUUGUGCUGGAUCCCAAUUAUAGCUGUCAGAACAGCCAAGUUAAUCACUAAGUCAAGCCAUCCAAUAUUUUUCUAUAUGACUGAUAUUGGAUCGGCUUGUUGUCAAAUAAACAUUUGCCUAACCUGGUUGAUUUAUGGUCUAACUGAUAAGAAUAUGAAAAAGGCGUUCAUAAAAAUUCUUUGCUGUAAGGCGUGA